GGAAUCUUUUUCGACUACGAUUGAUCCCGACUAAGCAUCACAGGCGCCCAGACGAAUGUUCAUAUCGUUACUCCGAAACAUGCCUAAGAGCCCCCCGUCAUAGCGUACACCCACAUCAUGAGGGCGCAUCUGGCCCGCCAUGUCUCCCGGCGCGCCCUCGUCUCCAGGCCCCGAAUGCCCUCCUGCGCCGUCUUCUCAUCCCCUUCCCGUCGCCAAAUACCAGUGAUACCGUCGUCUUGGAGAAAUAUUAUCUGUCGAAGAACAUUCUUCGGCAUCUUCCAGAAAGCCCCGAGGCAGAUUAAGAAGCCCGAGUACGAACCGGGAUGGACCGUGGUGCUGACCUGGAGGAAUCGCACGCUUGAUAACCUCCGGCCUCCGCCUCGGAAAGAACUCGUCGAGGCGUUUCGGGAACUGUUCUCGUACAAACAACGAUUCGGCGUGGCUGUCAACAGCACGCAGGCCCGCCACAGUCGAAACCUCCUACGAUACCUCCUGGAGAACCCGCACGACGAGCCAGACGAGGGACUGACGCUCCUGGAUCUUACUACGGCUCGUGACGCGCUGUUGAAGCCGCCCAAGGAGGACCGCGCUGAGCACCUCGAGUUCUCCAAGGCUCUUUAUGAAGCGAUUAAACGGGAGAGGGAGCUGUUGGGCGAAGACGAGUCUGCCUCUACGUUCCAUGCCGGUGGGCAGGGCGAUGACGAAGGCGCCGCCGCAUACGAUUUGAAGGCCUAUCUGUGGGCUUUGACAGAAUACGGUGCCUCCACAGAGGCGCGGACCGAACUACGGAAGCACUGGGCUCAGCUGAAGGCUGCGGGACUGCCCCUCCAGUCUUCAAAAGCUCUGUGGCUCAUCGUGCUUCGAGGAUUCGCGCACGAGGGCCGGGAGGAGGAGCUGCUGGAAACUGCAAGUGAGGCCGAGAAGGAAGGCGUCGACUACACCCCCGGAUUCCACCAUACCAUGACGGAGUUCUUUGCCAAGCAGGAUCGUUCCAAGGAGACAAGGAAGUGGUUCACCAAGCCCAUUACGGGGAACAAGCUCCCCAGAUCCGAUACCUACAAGGAGCUGCUUCUGUUCUCCUCCCGCGGGAAAAACCGGGAGUGGGUCAACCCCGUUUUCCAACAGCUUGUCGACGCGAACCCCAGCAAGCCGUACUGGGACAUCGUCUACCAGUGGGCGGUGCUGUCGAUGGGCAAAGGUCUGGACGAUCUGAAGGGCAUGUUCCAAGUCGUCGCCAAGCACAAUCCGGACGACCCCUCCGUGCUGCCCGACGUCGAUACCAUCAACGGUCUGAUAGAGGUGGCCGUGAACAAGAACGACCCGUAUCUUGCCGACAGGUUACUAUCAUUUGCAUCGGAGCUGGGUAUCCAGCCCAAUGCCAUGACAUUCAUUCUGCAAAUGGACUCGCGCAUCAAGGCCAAGGAUCUCUCCGCCGCCAGGGAAUCCUACAGGAGCCUAUCGCAGUCGAGCCUCCAGGGAGAGGAGGAUCUACCGGUGAUCAAUAGGUACCUCCAAGCGCUGUGCGACAUGCCGCAACCGGACCUCAAAGCGAUCCGCGAGAUCUUGGACGUCCUCGAGCAGCGCAUCGUCACCCUGGAUCCGGACACGGUCGUCGCUCUUUGCACCGUGUACCUCAAAUACGACCAGCAAUUCGACAUCAUCGAUACCCUGUCCCUCAACAUCUUCCAACACAGCACCGACCAGCGCAAGUCCGUCCGCGACGCCUUCAUCGCAUACUGCCUGGACCGCAAGAACAGCACGGCCCGGGUAUGGGACGCGUACUCGAUCCUGCGGCAGUUCUUCCUGGAGACGGGCGUCGAGGACCGCACCGAGCUGAUGCAGGCGUUCUUCGAGCGGAAGCGGCCCGACAUGGCCAUCCACGUCUUCGGGCACAUGCGGCAGCACGUCAACCGGAGCUUCCACCCCACGAUCGACACGUACAUCCAGUGCUUCGAAGGGCUGGGCAACUGCGCCGACCCGGACGCGAAGGAGCACCUGGCGCUCGUGCACAACAUGCUGAAGAUGGACCUCGCCAUCCAGCCCAACACGAGGCUGUACAACGCCCUCAUGCUGGCGUACGCGGCGUGCGGGCGCCCGGCGCGGGCCAUGGACUUUUGGCACGACAUUGUCCGGUCGGCGGAGGGGCCGUCGUACAGCAGCCUCGAGAUUGUCUUCGCUGUGUGCGAGAAGCUGCCGUACGGCGACCAGACGGCGAGGGAGAUUUGGAAGAAGCUGGAGACGCUCGAGGUCGAUGUGCCCCCGUCUGUGUUUGCGGCGUAUGUUGGUGGUCUUGCGGGUAAUGGUAAUGUUGCUGUCGUGCAAGAGGCCAUCAAGGGGAUGCCGCAGACUGUCGGUUACGGGCCGGACGUGAUGACUUUGGGCAUUGCUCACAACGCCCUGCCGGGUCAGACUUUGCAACGCAAAUUCGCGGACUGGGCGGCCGAGACGUAUCCGAAACUCUGGAGCGAGGUAAAGAGGAAGCGAUAUCACCGGACUUCCAACGGCUUGAUAAAGUACAAGCUACAGCGGACAUUGAGGGCAUGAUCUGUAUAACAUGAUAAGAAAGCAGAAGCAAGGUCAUUUUAUGUGUAUAUAUGGUACAUGAUCUGGUAGACGGUGGUCCUGACAUGUUGUACACUAUCACAAGCACAAAAAUAUAAAAGGCGAGGUUGUCUCCCUCGCCGGCGAAACCUUCAACCCAUACUCCCGUUUCCCUCCACCGUCGUUUACCUCGUCCACUUCUUGAGAAGCUCGGGGUGGUAAUGCACACUCGGGUGGAUGCCCAUGCCC